AUGCCUAAGUCAAGGAAAGGGAAAAAAGAAAAUGGAAGAAAAUUGUGGGAGAAAGGAAGCAUGGAGGAAGCAGUGGCAGCAGUUAGGGAUGGUAGAAUGGGGUAUUUAAAAGCAGCAAAACAAUUUAAUGUGCCACGAAGCACCCUUUUCCGGUUAUGUAAACAACACGGAGAGCCAGUUACGGUGUGUGACACACGGUUAGGACGAAAACCAGUCCUCUCAAUCGAGUUAGAAAAUGAACUUGCAGAUUAUUUGCUUGAUAUGGACAAUCGUUUCUUUGGGUUGACUAGAACAGAUGUUCGCAGAAUGGCAUACCAACUUGCAGUUGCGAAUGGCAUCGAGCACAGAUUUUCUGAACACCUCGGGCAAGCAGGGAGGAAAUGGUUAAAGGCAUUUUUGAAAAGACAUUCAAACUUAACACUCAGAAAACCUACCGGGACAUCAUUCGCCAGAGUAGCAGGAUUCAACAAAGCAAAUGUUAAUGCAUUUUUCGAUCUUCUGGAAGCCGAAAUGGAGAAAGUCCAUUAUCCUGCAGAUAGGGUAUUCAAUGUUGACGAGACGGGUUUGACGGUGGUACAAUCAAGGUGCAGCGAAGUAAUUUCUUUAAAGGGUGAGCGCUAA